CAGAUGUCAUGUUGACGUCCCAUUGACAGUUGUGACUGCCAGCAUGGCUGACCGCAAACACACUCGAGAAAUACUCACCGUAUUAAUCCUGUGUGUUUUAUGGUACGUUGUCAGCUCGAGCAACAAUGUCAUCGGCAAGACCCUUCUCAACGAAUUUCCGUACCCGAUGACGAUGACAAUGGUCCAGCUGCUGUCAAUCACCGUUUUUAGUGGCCCCCUUUUCAACUUGUGGGGCAUUCGCAAGUACGCGGACAUCUCCUGGAGGUACUACUUCACUCUAAUUGUUCCUCUAGCCUUCGGGAAGUUCAUAGCGUCCGUAUUCUCGCAUGUCAGUAUUUGGAAAGUGCCAGUUUCUUACGCACACACAGUUAAGGCCACUAUGCCUCUUUUCACCGUCGUUCUCUCGAGGAUCCUCAUGAAGGAGAAGCAGACGUUGAGGGUUUAUUUUAGUCUGAUCCCGAUUAUUACGGGGGUUGCGAUUGCGACCAUCACUGAAAUCAGUUUCGAUGUAAUUGGGUUAAUUAGUGCUUUGGUUGCAACCAUGGGUUUCUCCCUUAUGAAUAUUUUCUCGAAAAAAGUCUUGCACGACACCAACGUGCACCACUUGCGGCUGUUGCACAUUUUGGGGCGACUGGCCCUCGUCAUGUUCCUCCCAGUGUGGGUCCUUGUUGACAUGUUCCGACUUUUGAAAGACGACACCGUCAAAUACCACGACUAUCGAGUCAUUGGACUCUUGAUCAUGGACGGAGUGCUCAACUGGCUCCAGAACAUCAUCGCUUUCAGUGUUCUGUCUCUAGUGACUCCCUUGACUUACGCUGUGGCUAACGCCAGUAAACGAAUUUUCGUAAUCGCGGUUUCGUUAUUUAUUCUAGGCAAUCCCGUGACUGGGACCAACGUUUUCGGGAUGCUUUUAGCAAUUUUCGGGGUUUUAUUGUACAAUAAGGCGAAAUACGACGCCAAGCAAGCUGAGAAGAAGCAAACUAUUCUUCCCUACAGCCAAAACAGUUGGCAAGACCGGACGGGUUAUACCGUCCUACAAAACAGCGAGCCGGUUAAACCCGCUAACGGUUUCACCGUCGUCAACGGCUCAAAUAAUAAUUCGUUUGUCUACAACUCAAAGUCUAGCUCUAGUAAUUUAUUGUUUGUGUGAGACACGUUAAGCUUAGCCAUAAUUUUUAAUGUUUAUGACGGGAUUUCAGUCCUGUGGCAAUAACAAAUGUUAUCUCUUGAUUGUUUGAGGUUUAAGAUGUAAACGAAAGUUCUCGCUAGUCACGAAAGUGCUUUUUACGAAUGUUACCAAUCUCGAAAUUUACUUGUUUUGUUGGUGCUCAACUACUUAUUACGUCUCUAAAGAUUCCUUUAAUUAUUGUUAAGUAGGUAAUGAACGUGUACCUAACUGUACAUACUAGCUGUAUUUUAUUUAUUUGUAUACUCAAGUAUUGUGGACUGUAUGCAGUCGCGGUUGAUUUUUUAUUAUACCAACGUUUGGUCAUACAGUAUUUAUCGGAACUGUACAUAAAAAGGAAAUAAAUAUUUUUAUACAA